AUGAUCUCACAGGCUCUUCUCUCUCUCCUCGCUCUCCCUCUCCUGACCUCGGCACAUUUCGAGCUCAACUUCCCUCCCUCGCGGGGCACCGACGACGAAGACCAAGCGACCUUCCCCUGCGGCGGGUACGGACAAUCGCAGAACCGCACGCUGGUUUCGCCGACGUCGAUCCCCGUGGCAAUGGCAUUCGGCCACACCGAGAACCUGGUGCAGAUCCUGCUGGCCAUUGGCAACGACGUCGGGUCUUCCUUCAACUACGAGAUUCUGCCGACCAUCAGUGAAAUGGGACCUGGAGACUUCUGCCUCCCUGCUGUCUCCGUCCCUGCGGAUCUGAACAUCACCGACGGCACGAACGCGACUAUUCAGGUCAUCACGAACGCUCACACGGGCGGUGGGCUUUACAAUUGUGCGGACAUCCAAUUCUCCUCGACGGCUCCUGAAUCUCCCUCCUCCUGCACCAAUGGCACAGGUGUCAGCGCCAUUCCACUCUCCGCCAGUGAAUAUACCUUCGCCAACGAGACCUCUGGACACAGCGAUGCCGAAUCCAGUUCCGCCUCGGGAACUACCAGCGCCACCGCAUCCGAGACUGCAAGCUCAGCUAGCGGCAGUGCUGCGGCGUCGGCGACUGGCGACAGCGGAGCAGCGAUUGUCAGCCUCGGAUGGGGUGUGUUGGGCGCAAUGGCUUUGGGCGCUGUUGCUGUCUUGUAG